AUGGCCGCCCCAACUACCAACACCAUCACUGUCACCCUUCAGCAGGUCGCCAAGAUGAUUGAUCACUCCCUACUUCACCCUACCAUGACCGACGCCGAUAUUCUAGAAGGCUUGCGCAUCUCCAAGAAGUACGGCGUUGCCACGGCAUGCGUGAAGCCGUAUCUGAUUCCCCUCGCCAAAAAGGAACUUCAGGGUAGCGGCGUGCUGGUCUGCCCUGUCAUCGGCUUCCCACACGGUAACAGUACCACCGAAGUCAAGGUCUUUGAAGCCAACCAGGCGGCUGCCGCCGGUGGCAAAGAGAUUGACAUGGUCGUCAAUAUCGGCAAAGUUCUCGGUGGCGAGUGGACCUAUGUUGCUGAAGAAAUUCGCCAAAUCAACGAUGUCGUCGUCAAGCAUGGCGCAAUACUCAAACCCAAUGGCUUGUACACUUACAACGGAGCCACUGUUCCGCAUCUGAAGCUUAUGAGGGAGCACUCGAAGCCCGAGGUCCAAGUAAAGGCUGCUGGAGGCAUUCGGACGCUGGAUGAUCUGCUUCACGUCAUGUCGCUUGGGGUCACCCGAAUUGGUGCCACUGCUACCGCUGGGAUCAUGGAGGCUGCAGUUGCGCGUGGAAUCACGGAUCAGCCGACUGAGGUAGAGUUUAAGCCCAUCAGCGGGCCAUCGGUAGGAGGCUACUGA